AUGGAUCUACAAGCCUCAGCUCCUUGGUUCUCCCGUUUUGGCCACUGCGAGUUCCUCGACAUCAACCACCAAGACUUGGACACGUCCUCUCUCCAAGCCAGACUGCUCAAGUCGUCGACACGGGACACCCUUCUCAACAGACACAAGUGGACCACCAUACCCUGCCAGGAUGACAUUGAUGCGCCCACGCUCUUGUCAGACCUUGGCCGCCUGGCGCCCUCGGUAGUCAAGGAGUUUGUGCCAAAGGACCAUCUCGAGAGCACCUUUGCCUUCCGCCUGAUCAACGACCUCAACUUCAUCGGCGAUGAAGUCAGCUACAUUGCUCUGAGCUACUGCAGAAAGCAGACUGCCGUCACCACGCCAAGAAGAGUUCUGACCCCUGUCAGCGACCUUCCGUUUGGUUGGAUGAAGGAAGUGGAGCAUUUUCCACUCCCAACCACCUCGGCCCUCUUCCAGGCCGUGGUGCGAGAACGGAAUCCUCAAGAGGGAUUGUGGUUCGACCAAGUGUGCGUCGAGCAGGACGACGAAGCCGAGAAGAGCGCAGCCAUGGGAACCAUUGACAAUGUGUACAAGAACGCAAGGGCGGUUGUUGCAGUCCUCGACGACAUUGUGGUUACGCCAGACGAGGAGCAGUUUCUGCGCUACUACGUCGAGCAGUACAGCUAUUCUCAAAUACCUCUCGACCAGCAACCCAACACUGGACUGCAGCCGCCUCUCAUGCAGCAAUACAGCUUGCUCGACACGCUUGUCCAGCGCAUUCUCUCUUCCGAGUACUUUGAUCGCGCGUGGUGCAACCAUGAGAUGCGCAUGGGCCGAAGCCAUGUCUUUUUGAUACCGUGCUUACGGCAUUACGAAGACGAGGUGCAUACCGUCAUGCGUUUCACUAGCGCCUUCUUUACACAUCUCCUGAGCCUUGCGAGCGAAGUCAGCCAUUUUCCGCCGGCCCUAUCUACAAGGCUCCAUUCGCUGCUUGACUUCUUCCAGCAGCAAGACGCAUUCGACAAGGGCAGCCUGGCUGCUCUCCGGACACCAGACAGCCAACAUUGCCCAGCUUCAACUGCGACAUGUUCCAUGUCAAUGAUGGCAGAUACGUUUCGCUUGAAAGCCGGAGGAAACCCACGCUUGCCAGAGUAUAUGCGGAGGCUGGACGCUAACCGAGACAAGACAAGCAUUGCACUGAAUGCUUCAGGUCUUCCUCUCGCACUGGCUCCUCCCAAUCCAUAUUCGAGACCCACCCUCGAAGACGAAUGCCUUCGCUCGCUACUUCUCGUUGGCAUUGCGGCGCGAGACCCAGUUGCACUCUGCACCAUUGGUACACCCUUGCAGCUCCAUGACGGAUCGACCUCAUGGCUAUGCCGACCGACGUCUAUGGAUGUGAGGGCAUCUCGAAUUCCUCCACAUUUCCCCAGGGAUACGAGCCACAUAGUCCAAGCGACAGACGGCCGAGCAGAAUACGCGCAGCUUGAUCUCAUCUUCAUGGAUCUUCCGCAUCGCACCCAGCCGAGCUCUUCCUUCCCAAUACACGUUGCGCGCGCGCGUAUGCUCGUCGAUCUUUGUGUUCAAUACCAAAUACCAGGAAGCGGUUUGUGGGGAUUCUCCCAGGCACCUAGUCACCCACGCACACCGGCCUUGCGCAACAUAUUCAUCCAGACACUGGCGUGCAUCUUCCAAUGCGGACCGCAGUGGGUAAUGGAUACCAUGUCGAGUAUCCAGGAGCCCAACGCACCGCGCAUGGAGCCAUACACCAUCGAGAUGCUGCUCAACCCACACCUCAUUCUGCAAAACUACAUUUUGCUGCCGGAAGGGCGGACAGCGAUGACGUCUCUUGUGCACUUCGUCACCACGCUUAUCGCAUCUGGCAUUCCAUGGCCUUCGGGUGCCUCGGAGCGCACACACGGACCACUCAUCAUAUCAGCACCCACGUCAACCGCCUUUGACUAUGCGGGCCCACCCACUCAGAGCAGCAAAGCCAUCAUCUUUGCGCCCUUUGAGCACUCCAAGACGCUAUUGAUUGCGGUGCCCAAAGUCGUCAAGGGCGCCGAGUAUAACACGCUAGCGCGCGGCUGGAUCCUCACCAGCAUGAACCCGUACACCGGCAGCCCCAAGCCCACUGUAAGCUGGACCUUGCAAUCGAAGGGCGCAAUCUUUGGAGACGCAAACUUCAAUGCCAGCUUGGCUAGUAGUGCGGAUUCAGAGGUUCGGAACCACCGUGUGUACGGACCAUCGUCUCGCUCAUAG